AGAAAUCCAAGCAUAGCAGACCUUUGCAUUCGUAUAAGGAAGAGACGGGAGGAGAGAGGAUGACGUAAAAUGGAGGAGGGGCGUGAUGCGAAAAGGAAGUCUAGAAAUGGUGGGCUGAAUAUAUUCCAGUUCAAGCUCAUUUCAGCUCUAUAAACAAACAGGCUUCCAAUUGUCACUCGUUCCGUAGUGUUUAGCUUCCAUGGCUACCACGAAUUCCCUCUUCCUCUUACGAGGUCCGCUGUCGUUCCGAGCUUUGGGUGUGGUCGGGUCGUCAAAGGGUCGUCUUCCACAGUCUCCCAAACUCUUUCAUCCUACACUUCACUGUCGCAGGUCUUAUGUAAGUGCUGCAACUGAUGAAGAAGCUUCUGCCUCCCUUUCUGCUGCAACUGCCGACAGUAGAGCCCCAACAAUCUUUGAUAAAAUCAUCGCUAAGGAGAUACCUUCAACCACAGUGUACGAGGAUGAAAAGGUUCUUGCUUUUCGGGAUAUCAAUCCACAAGCUCCCGUUCAUGUUCUAAUUAUUCCAAAGUUAAGGGAUGGUUUAUCACGGCUCAGUAAGGCUGAAGAAAGGCACACAGAGAUCUUAGGACAUCUUCUCUAUGUUGCCAAAGUUGUAGCAGACAAGGAAGGAAUUUCGGAUGGCUUUCGGGUUGUUAUUAAUGACGGGCCUCAAGGAUGUCAAUCUGUAUACCAUCUUCACUUGCACGUACUGGGCGGGAGACAGAUGAAGUGGCCUCCGGGAUAAGAUUCUAAGUUGGAAAGCAGCAUUGCAUAGAAGGGUAUCUUGGAUGUCAUAUUAUUCUCAACAGGUGAAGUUCUCGUUCUUCCGAGAUACCAUGGCUGUCUUUGGCUGACUUAUAGCGCUUGGUGAGAGGCAUGAAUUAAUACUACGUAGUAAGAACCUUAGAAAUCACGGUUUUUACUGCAGAUAUAUUACGAGACUGGCAUCAAACUUGUCAUGGGCUUAUGGCGGACUGUAUGUGGUUGUUUGACAGUAACCUUCUGAUUUGGCAUUUUUGGGCCAUUUAGAACGCCUAUAGGUUCCUUUAUCACGGGCGAAGUUUUGAGUCCAUGUUCAUAACUUAUGACUGAAAGAUAUAUACUACCACUUCAUUUAUAUGUCUUGUUUUGAUUUGAUUUGACACAAUUGUUAUUAAGUGUUUCCAAGAGUAAAAGUUGUGGUUGAGAUUUGAGUAUAAUAAAAUGGAAUCAAUGUAGA